UGAGGGAGAAUAACCACUGAGCUUUUUACCGGGGUAUUUAACCGGGUUUUUUACCGGGGACAGUCCACACACAGCACCGACACACACCGUGUCAGUGCUGCCCUCUCACCUCCCUCCACAAAAACAAAUCAAAUCCACAGUUUAGGCUUGGGGGACAGAUCUCAUUAACCCCCCCCCAUCUGUGUCAGCGGGCAGAUGGAGCUCCGCAGUUAGAGGGGUUUAAAUCUCUUAUUUUUCAUUUUUCGGGAGAGCCGGACUCGGUCGGAAUUACGCCAAAAUUACGACGGGAAUCAAGUACAGCUCCCUGUCUCCCGGCAACGGGAGCGACCAGCGGGCGCUCGUGAUGUCUCGUGCCAAGGAGCGGCUGAAAGGCGGGAAGGAAACCAAGGACAGUGUCACUCUGUUACCGUGCUUUUAUUUUGUAGAGCUCCCUAUCCUGGCCUCGUCUGUUGUCAGUCUUUACUUCUUGGAGCUGACAGACAUUUUCCAACCGGUGCAUUCUGGGUACAGCUGUAAUGACCGCAGCCUGUCUCUGCCCUACAUCCUGCCCAGACAGGAAGUCUGUCCUCUACCUCUGCUCUUCAGUCUGGCCUUUGCUGCUCCCACAGUCACUAUUCUGAUAGGAGAGGCCAUUCUCUACUGUUAUCUGUCCAGGAGGUCGACCGCCACACAGACCGAGGCAAACAUCAACGCUGCAGGCUGUAAUUUCAACUCCUACAUCCGCAGGGCCGUGCGCUUCAUAGGCGUCCAUAUCUUCGGGCUGUGUGUGACAGCGCUGAUCACCGACAUCCUCCAGUUGUCCACGGGUCAGCACACCCCCUACUGGCUGGACGUGUGCAGACCCAACUUGACCCACAUCAACCUGUCCAGCUGUGACGAAGCUUUUAUUUUGGAGGACAUCUGCUCUGGACAAGACAGUGGUCUCAUCACUGCGGGGAGGAAGUCGUUUCCCUCCCAGCAUGCAACAUUGGCUGCCUUUGCUGCUGUCUACAUCUCAAUGUACUUUAACACAGUUCUGACCGACUCGGCCAAGUUGCUGAAGCCUCUGCUGGUGUUCUCGUUCGUCAUGCUGGCCAUUCUGGCCGGGCUAACGCGGAUCAUCCAGUUCAGGAACCACCCGGUGGAUGUUUACUGCGGAUGGAUCCUGGGAGCCGCCAUUGCCGUUUACCUGGGUGUGUACGCGGUGGGGAAUUUCCAGCCGAGUGAAGAUCGGUCCAGAAGUCGACCGUCUGCCCCCAUCCUGAGAGAGCCCCCGCCCUCAUCCUUGCCCAAUGUCAGCCAAGUAACAAUUAGCAACAGCCAUCAAGGUCACCACACUCUGGCUCCCAGCCAACCAGAGCCCAUCAUCACCCGGACCUCAUCCCACACUCUGGUCCCGGAACAAACUGGGCCCAUGCUGAAGCGCAGCGCCUCCUACCGAGAGCCGUCUCUGUCCAAUCUGAAGAGAGCCAGUGCUGAGGUGGAAGUGAUCACGCCAUCCAGUCCUCUCGGCAACCACGACAACAUGGUGACGUUCAGCAGCAGCACACUGCCACGGUCCCAUGGAGGCUCGUCACUAGAGGAGGGCCGCAUUCCCCGGCGCCAUGCCGCCAUCCAUGCCUCAAUGGACUCCACUCGAUCCAAGCAGCUCCUCAGCCAGUGGAAGAAUAAGAACGAGAACAGGAAGCUCUCCCUGCAGGCCAUGGAUGGAAUAAGACCGUCCUCCUUAUCCUCACCUCAGAGGAACAUGGAGCUGCGCUGCUCCUCAGAACCGUCUGCCAUGGGCCUGGAGGCAGAGCUCCGGGCCGGAACCCACCUGCCUUCAAUCAGUGCCCAGGAAGCAGAGCUGCGUGCUGGGGCCCACAUCCCAGCUCAGUACAUGAAGCUAGCAGCAAGCUCCGUCCCCAUGGCGAACCAUAAUCACAUGGCUCAUAAUGGCAGCACUGGAUUAGUGGGUGGGGCCAGAGUGUCUCUCCAGUCCCGGCCUGGAUCCUCCCAGCUGGUUCACAUACCUGAGGAGGAGAACCCCACCUGUAAGGACCAGGAGAGUGAGUCAGAGGACAGCAUCAUGGACGGCGGUGGAUCAGUGAGGGAGAAGUGGCUGAGAGUGGCCGAGAAGACCACACUGCCCUGCAGGCCGCUCAGUGCCGGAGGACAGCCUCGACUCAUGCAGGUGAUAACCUUAUCCAAACAACAGGGUUUGCUUCACUCCCCUCGGUCAGAAGAUGGUGGUAGCACCGUCAGCUGCACUGGAUCCAUCAGAUACCGAGCCCUGAUGGACCAGGACCCAUCGCCACCUGCCUCCACCACCGGAGCAAUGGGAGGAGGAGGAGGUUUGGAAAGAAGUGGCAGUAUAGUCCGCGUUGAAGCCCACCCAGAGUCAAGGUCUAACAAACCGAUAGUGAAACCUCCCAGCACUGACGGAAGUGGCUCUUGGCGAUGGAAACCGCCAGAUCAACGGCCAUCUCUCCGACAGUCAGCAUUUGCCCUCAAUGACCUUAACAGGCACACAGACAGCUGUGAUUCACUGAGGGAUGGAGGGUCAGUGGAUGGACGGAGAAGCGUGACAGGGACUGAAAGUGAGAACGAAGGGGGAGGAGAAGGAGGAGGAGGGGCUUAUAUAAACCACCCACAUAUGAUACACCCUAUACAUCAAUUACAUCAGCCAAAUAACUACAACAACCCAAAUAACUAUAACAACCCAAAUAACUACCAGCACCCCAACUUCAAUCCUAAUAACCCCAAUUUUAACAAUCCUAUGACCAACUUCAACCCAAAUUCCAGCAACUCCAAUAUGCCUUUCAACCCCAAUUCCAUGUUUGCCCCUCCUUUCCACCCCCACCCUCAGGCUCUCACUACCAUCAGAGUCACCCCAGUGGAGGGCACGGCUGCCAGCAGCGACGGUGGCUCAGACUGCCAGUCUGUGGCCUCGUCCAGCCGGGAAUCGACCCUGAGGAGGAAGAGCAGCUCCAACACCGUCCAAGUCCCCGAUCGAGGUCCCACCCCCGACCUCCACAACAACCACCGUCUCUGUGAUGACAGCAACAGCCUCGACCAGGAGAGCAGCAACCGUUUCCAUGAACACCUCAGAAGUUUUCAAGAAAACCCCAUCCACCCCGGUCACCCCGGACACCCUGGACACCCCGGACACCCCGGUCACCCCGGACACCCCAACCACGCCAACAGACAAUUCCAAGGGAUGUUUGGUCGUCCCAGUCCUACACCUCCCCCGACCUUGCCCCGCCCCAUCUUGACACACACUCCACCUCCUACUCUGGGUUUGGCUUAUAAGGAAUGACACCCAUGAUAGUUGUCCGACUCAGCUAAUUAUAACAAAAGCAGUGGAGAACUUCUGUCUGGACCAACAAUUACAUGAAAUUCGGUUAGAUCUGUCUACAGAGCAGCAUUAGCUGGUAGUUCCAGCCACACCCUCCCAAACUAUUUGUCCCACUCCCCUGGUUCAUCUAAAUAAAGCUCUGUUUCCACCAAGUGGUCCGGUCGUUUAGGGGACCAAAUUAACCAAUCCAUUUUGUUCAACUUUGUGGCACCCUUCAGUUUGGGUUUCUAGCACAGCGAUCUAGCGCCCCCUAGCACCAUGCUAGACAAAGUGCAGUCCGUUGAUAUGUCAACAGAAAAUCGACACUUUCAGGUGUCAGUGCAUUACUGUUCUCAAACAAGUUUGUCUUCUUGCGGAGAACAGUAACAUGCCAAAAAGAAUGAGAGUUAAUAUUGGAUGCCCUACAUUACUGUCCUUUCUUUUUCUUCUAUACUUCUUCUUUGUUGCAUUUAUUGGUGGGCUACACUGUGUCAUGCUGGUAUGAUGUCACACUAAUAACGUAACUAACACAGCUAUUGCCAUUUGGGCUACACACAGGGUUUACCAUUCCAAAACUAUUCCGCACAAGCUGAGCUGAGCUACCACUUGGUGGAAAACGCAACAUGUUUUGCUAGGAGAUCUACAAAAGGUUUUAGAUCCAGUUUGGGCCACAAGCCGAAGAAAGUACCAUUGCAGUUAGCCCUGCACCACUUUUUUUCAAAAGGCCAAGAAGGAAGGAUUAUAUAAUAUUAAAAUAAUAUUUUAUUUUUCUUGUGGGUU